UGUGACCAAAAAAGAAGACAAUGAAAAGUGGUGUGAGUUUGUGUAUAUAUUAUAAUUCAACCGAAUUGGUUGCAUAUUCAAACCCAAGCAUUAGAGAAGAGAAUCUGAGUCAGAGUAACGCUCCUGCAUUCCUCCUCCGACUAUCCCACCACCGGGCGCCGCUGUGGACGCCACAUUGCUGAAGAACAGCAAAUUCAAGAUCUGGGUAUUGAUCUUCAUUCUGAUCCGUAAUGGGAAAAGGAGGAUCUUUGAGCGAGGGUGUACUGAAGAAGAUCCUUCUGUCCUACUCAUAUGUCGCCAUUUGGAUCUUCCUCUCCUUCACCGUCAUCGUCUACAACAAGUACAUUCUGGACCGCAAGAUGUACAACUGGCCCUACCCGAUCUCCCUCACCUUGAUCCACAUGGCCUUCUGCUCCUCCUUGGCCUACCUCCUCGUCCGCGUCUUCAAGCUUGUUGACCCAGUUUCAAUGUCCUGGGAUCUCUACUUCAAAUCCGUCGUCCCCAUUGGCCUUCUCUAUUCCCUCUCCCUCUGGCUCUCAAAUUCCGCUUACAUUUAUCUCUCUGUUUCCUUCAUUCAGAUGCUCAAAGCCCUCAUGCCCGUGGCCGUCUAUUCCAUCGGGGUUCUAUUCAAGAAGGAUGCUUUCAAGACCGAGACCAUGGCCAAUAUGGUGUCCAUUUCGGUCGGGGUCGCAAUUGCCGCCUACGGCGAAGCCAAAUUCGAUACCUGGGGAGUGAUUCUGCAACUGGGCGCCGUCGCAUUUGAGGCCACCAGAUUGGUCAUGAUUCAGAUUCUGCUUACUUCUAAGGGUAUUACGCUUAAUCCCAUCACUUCCCUUUAUUACGUCGCGCCCUGUUGCUUGGUUUUCUUGAUUGUGCCUUGGGUCAUUGUUGAGUACCCAGUGUUGAAGGAGAAUUCCAGUUUCCAUUUAGAUUACAUAGUUUUUGGGACUAAUUCUUUAUGUGCAUUUGCUCUCAACCUCGCUGUUUUCUUGCUUGUGGGCAAGACUUCUGCUUUGACUAUGAAUGUUGCUGGAGUGGUCAAGGAUUGGCUGUUGAUAGCCUUUUCAUGGUCUGUGAUUAAGGACACUGUCACCCCUAUCAAUCUCUUUGGAUAUGGGUUGGCUUUCAUGGGUGUGGGCUACUACAAUCACUCCAAAUUACAGACACUUAAGGCUAAGGAGGCACAGAGGAAGCCUCCACAGAGUGAUGAGGAGGAGGCUGGCAGGUUAUUGAAGGAAAGAGAGGGGGAGAAUUUAGCUAAAAAGAAUGAAUCACAGGCUUGAGGAGUUUUUUUGUAGUGUAGGAUGUGGAGAGAAGACCAAAAAAGAAAAGUGAAUAUCAGGUGGAUAUAUGAUGAUCAUACAAAGCUUUGUACUUUUUUUUUUUUUUUUUUUUUUUUUUAAAUUCUAUUUUCUCUGUUUAGAAUUAUUAAGUUAUGCCAGUUUUACAUCAUUCAUACGUCUUGAGCAUGACUUGAGGCUCUUUAACUUUGCUUUACUUUUGAUAUAUUAAAUUAAUUUAA